UGGCGUUGGUCUAUCACAUCUGAGACUUUGGAUUAAAGUUCCUGUAAAAUUGCAGCAGCAACAUGUUUGACAAGCUCUGUGCAAUCUAGGAAGGUUUGACUGAUCGCCUAAGAGCAAUGGGAGAAGUGUCAGCAGACAGCAUUACAGUAGAGAUGCUCAGAGAGGCCUGUGGGACUGUGAGAUUCAGCCCGCUGGAUGUGAUCAACACACCAAUGAUCCCAUGGUGCCAAACCACUCUGCCGCUCAAAACAUCCAGCGAAAUUCACAUCAAACUGGAGAACAUGCAGAGGACAGGUUCUUUUAAAAUAAGAGGUGUUGCAAACCAGUUUGCCAAGAGACUCAAAGGGGACAAUUUUGUGACCAUGUCUGCUGGGAAUUAUGGGAAGUCUUUUGCGUAUGCAUGUAAGCAUUAUGGAUCCAAAGGCAAAGUGGUGAUGCCAGAAACUGCCCCCAUCUCCAGAUCUCUGCUGAUACAAAGUUUGGGAGUUGAGGUUGAAAGAGCGCCAACUACUCAUCUAAUGGAUGUUGUUAACCGAUGUGUUCAAGAGGACGGCAUGACUUUCCUACAUUCCUACGAUGAUUCGGACCUUAUCGCUGGACAUGCCAGCUUAGGUUUUGAGAUCCUGGAGGUUGUGCCCUGUCCAGAUGUGGUGGUGGUUUGCUGUGGUGGAGGAGGGUUACUUGCUGGUGUGGCAGCCGCCGUCAAACUAACUGGUUGUGAGAACACAAAGAUCUAUGGAGUGGAACCAGAAGGAGCGUGUACAAUGUACAAGAGCUUCAUUGAGAAGAAGCCUGUUGGCACGGAUGCUAAAAGCAUCGCUUCGGGGCUAGCGCCACCAUUUGCAUGUACCUUGCCGUAUGAGCUUUGUCAGAAGCACGUGGAGGACAUCGUGCUGGUGACCGACGAGGAGAUCAAAUCUGCCGUUUCCACGCUUUAUAAGGCUGGUCUCGUUGUUGAACCUUCAGGUACUGCGGCGUUCGCUGCCGUCGCCAAUGACAAAAUACCAGACAUCAGGGACAAGAGUGUGGUGGUCAUUCUCAGCGGAGGAAACAUCGGCAAAGACGAGUUUAGCAACUUCCCGGACUAAGCACAAGUCAACUCUUUUUCACAGUGGCCUCCAGAAAAUCAUUGUAUUAAAAAAAGCAGUUAUAGAAAAUGUCUUCUUUUUUCUUUCUCCUGUUGUCGAUAAAUUUUCUUCUUACAAUCGCUUGUUUUAUGAUUAAAUACAUGAAUAAUAAUUUAAAAGUGCAAAACACUAAAAUUUUACAAUAAACAAUUAUUCAUAUUAUUAGAUAUUAAUAACUGUAAUGGUCAUCAUAAAAAAGCGAUUAUUGUCAAAGCAAUAGAAUACAAUUUUAGGUUUUAAAUCACUCCUCUUCUAGUUUAUUUUCUAGUUUUUUUUUUUCUUUUUCAUUGUAAUUUGAUAACUUGCCUAAUAUGCCGAUUGUGUUGUCUAAUCUCUUUUUAACAUUUGUAAUAUAAUUAAUAUACACGACUAUAGUAUCUUUUUGCAUAUUUAACAUACUGGAGGUAUGAAAUAAGUAUGUUAGACAUAACAAAAUUUGGCUUUUUCAAUUAAAGUAAACAUGCAUAUGAAAUAUAUGAUAUAUAUAUGCUGUUAUGAAGGACUAACAAUUCCUAUUAAAUGUACAGUUGAUUUAUCAAGGUAUAAAUAAAAAGUAAUCUCUGUGAUGAAUUGCUUGUGUAAGUCACUUUAGAUGAAAGUGUUUGCUAAAUACAUGAAUGUAACCACUUUUUAGAUAAUCUCACCAGCUCACAUA